UGUUCAGCCGAGAUGGCUACAAGGCAGGCUUGGAGAUUGAAGUGCUUUGCACUUCUAUUUUUGUUAAAUGGAAUAUGUGCUGUUGAUCAUAGUAUUUUUAAAAAGUGUCACCAAAGUGGAUUCUGUCGUCGUUUUCGUCGUUUUGAAUCGCAGGAGAGCACAUUCCGUUUGGAUAGCCAUUCAUUGAACAUUCAUGACAAUGUAGUGUCGAUGGAUCUUCAAGAUUCGGAAACGAACCAUUGGUAUAUACUGAGUUUGAGCUCGAUCCAUGAAAAGAUUUUCCAUUUUGAAAUCAACGAGAAACAUCCACUAACGGAUCGUUACCGUGUUACAGAUGCCCUAGCUGGAGAAUUGAAUCCUCGAGGCAUUCUUAUAGAGAGCUCAAAUUCCGUGAUAGCAAUUCGUGAUGAUAAUAAGCGCGUGAUUAUUCAAAUCGAACCAUUCCGAAUGGAUUUUUACCAUAAAAACCAGUUAAUGGUAUCUGUGAAUGCAAAGGGAAUGCUACGGUAUGAAUAUUUAAGGGAGAAGCCUGCGAAGCCAGCGGAUGGUGAAUGGGAGGAAGAAUUCAACGGGUUUGUGGAUACUAAGCCAAGAGGACCGGAAUCAUUAGGGGUUGAUUUUACUUUCCAUCAAGCUGAAAUUUUAUUCGGAAUUCCGGAGCAUGCCGAUGAUUUUGUGUUGAAGGAAACUAUUCGACAAGAUAGUGAUCCAUACCGAUUGUACACGUUGGAUACGAAAGACUACGAAGUGGAUAGCAAAAUGGCGUUGUAUGGUGCAAUUCCGGUUUUGUAUUCCCAUGGAGCUUCUGGAAGUUCCGGUAUAUUUUGGCACAACUCAGCUGAAACUUGGAUCGAUGCCUCCUAUGAAGAUGACACCUUCGUGAACAUCUUCUCCGAAAGCGGGAUUCUGGACGCUUUUGUGAUGCUGGGUCCCUCGCCAAUUGAAGCAUUCCAGCAGUACACUUUCUUAACAGGAAAUGCACCUCUUCCACAAAUGUAUACUUUAGGUUACCAUCAGAGUCGUUGGAAUUAUGAUAAUGAUUCGGAUGUCGCCAUGAUAGAUAGCAAAUUUGAAGAAUACGGUAUUCCACUGGACACUAUUUGGUUGGACAUUGAGUACACCGAUGGAAAACGUUACUUUACAUGGGAUCACGAAAAUUUCCCUAAUCCUAUGGAGAUGAUCAGCAACUUGACGAAAAAUUCACGGCAUUUGAUCUUGAUCAUUGAUCCCCACGUUAAAAUAGACAAAGAUUAUUUUUUCCAUCAGGAUUGUACUUCUCGUGAUUAUUAUGUGAAAGAUAGGAACGGCGAGGACUUCAGAGGGCAGUGCUGGCCAGGACCUUCUAGUUAUACCGAUUUCUUCAAUCCUGAUGCCCGGAAAUACUAUGCGGAUCAGUAUCUGUUGGAAAACUUCAAGGAGUCAUCCCUUGUGGUUAACGUGUGGAAUGACAUGAAUGAACCGGCAGUAUUUGAAAAUGUUGAAGUAACCAUGCCCAAGGAUAAUCUACACUAUGGAGGCUGGGAGCACAGAGACGUGCACAAUAUGUACGGUUUCUAUCAUACUAUGGCCACUUACGAUGGACUCACGCGUAGAAACGAAGGUCUGUAUAGACCAUUCGUUUUAACAAGAUCAUUCUUCGCUGGUUCACAAAGAUAUUCAGCAGUGUGGACCGGAGAUAACACGGCUGGCUGGGAUCACCUACGGCUAUCGAUUAAAAUGUGCCUAUCUCUAUCGGUAUCCGGAAUCAGCUUUGUUGGUGCAGAUGUAGGAGGAUUUUUUGAGCAUCCUAGUGCAGAGCUGAUAUCUCGUUGGUAUCAACUAGCUGCAUUUCAACCGUUCUACCGAAGUCAUGCCAAUCAAGAUACACCUCGUCGAGAACCAUGGAUGUGGCCUACGAACGUUCAGAUUGCAACCAGAAAUUCUAUUCAAAAACGUUACAGUAUGUUGCCAUUCUGGUACACCUCAUUCUUUGAACAUGAACGCAAUGGAGCUCCUAUCAUGCGGCCUAUGUUGACUCAGUAUCCAAAUGAUCCAGUCACGUUCAGAAUUGAAAGUCAAUACCUUCUGGGUGAUCAGUAUCUUGUAGCUCCGGUUUUAUACCCCGGCCAAACGAGUGUUAACGUUUAUUUUCCAUUGAAAGAAGACGGACGUUCCGAUCUGUGGUACGAUAUAGAUGAUUUCCAACUUUACAAAAAUUCUGGGUUUGUGUCGAUACCGGUUGAUGAGCUGAAAAUUCCGGUCUUCCAAAGGGGUGGAACAAUCAUUCCAAUAAAAAGAAUCGCUCGUAAAUCGAGUAUGCUGAUGAGAAGCGAUCCAUACACAUUAGUAGUUGCAUUGAAUUGUGAUGGCUAUGCAACGGGAACUUUGUAUGUCGAUGACGAGGAAAGUAUGGAGUAUCGCAAUGGGAAAUAUCUUUACAAACAAUUUGAGUUCAAAAAUAACACACUCUACUCAAGAACGAUUGAUGUUACUGCAUCAUAUGACACUGAUACAAAGAUUGGUUCUGUGAUCAUCAUAGGAAUUGACAACUUGGUAUCAUCAGUCAAUGUAUACUCGAAGGGUCGAGAUAACAGAAUCACUCAUUUUUCUAUGGAUCGAACGACGCUUGCAGUGGAAAACAUAUUGCUGUCAGUUGACGAUGAUUGGAGAUUAGAGUUGAACUAAGAGCUGAUAAUG